UUUUACUAGCAAUGUCCCAUCCCUCCCGUCGCCGCCGGCAGCCAACUACCCAAUCCUCUUCCACCUCGGGAUCCCUCCCGAUCCUUCUCCACCCAACCAGCGCCUCUCCUGGUCUCCUCCUCGUUUUCCCCUCCUCUGCUCGUUCGUCCCCGAGCAUCUCGCUCCACUAGCAGGCCAGCGCCUCCACCGUCGCCGGCAACCGCGUCACCAUGACCCCCGCGGCCUCAAGCCCCUCGUGCCGAGCAACCCUCCUGGUCGCCUCCCUCCUCCCGUGCUUCGAUACAGGGUGGAUCGGAACCAGUGCCCGAGCCCUCCUCUACCUCUCCUCGAGCUCGGCCGCCCCAACGUCGUUUUCCCCUUCGCCUCACAUCUCUCUCUUUCUAAAUCGCACCAACAUGAGCCUCUCCAUGAACGCCCGUCGCCGGACGUCUCCGCAGCCGUUCCUCGCCAAAUCCCACGUCGCCUUGAACGGAGGCCACCUCGUGCCGCCGGUCGCCUCCCCAUGCCAAAUCCGGAGCGCCCAGUCCUCUAUCUCCACGUUGGCUCCGUCGCCUUGUCAAGUUCCUGGAGCUGCUGCUGCUCCCUGCAUCGCCCCGCGCUCGCUGCCGCCUUCAGCCACCCGAGGUCCUCCUCCUCGCCGCCGCUGCUCCGGCGAGCACCACCAGGACGCCGCCGCCAUGGCCUCAGCUCUCCGCCCGCCUCCGCCCACGUCCUCGGCUGGAUCCACCGGCCGCGCCAAGUCCCGCAGGCGCUGACGUCGCCACGUCUUCUUCCCUUGCGCUGCUCGAGAGAGAGAGCCGCACUCAAGCCCCGUGCUGCACCUCUGCUUCGUUCGAGCAGAGGAUGACGCCUCCUUGUCCGCUUCGCCUUGGCCUGCCUCCUCGUUGCGGGCCUCUACACCGAACGGCCCAAGGCCACUAGGUAAGCAGACCCAGAUCCAGCGCUCACUAGUCCGGCCCAGUUCCAGCAGAUUCGGACCGACUCAUGUUUUUUCCCUCUGGACGAUUUUAGCUAUUUAUCCAGAGAACGCCUGUUUUGCAGAAGAGCCCUCAUGCCUCAUACUCCCUCCGUUCCUAAAUAUUUGUCUUUCUAGAGAUUUCAACAAAUGACUACAUACGAAGCAAAA